AUGAAGAGAGCCCUUCAAUCGCCCUCAAAAAUACGCCGAUUUGUUGCGUUGAACACCUUGACUGAGAAUAACAGCCUUGCAGCGUUCCGGGAAUCCUACUUCAGGCCACAGAUUCCAGUUGUUUUACCACGAGGCCAGUUUCGAGACUUACCUGCCAUAUCCCGGUGGUUCACUGCUCCGUCUUCAAUCAGUGGUGACAAUUCUUCCGUCCAGUCCUUCAAUUAUGACUACCUCGAGCAGUACGGCGACUGUCAUGUCCCCCUCGAACUGACGACCACAGCCUUCAAUGGCAAUUCUCAGCCGGAGGAAUCAUUUAAGCGAUUUCACGCGCCGUUGAGCUUGUUCCUCGACUGGGCUCGAUCCGUUCAAAGCUCCGGUCUGGAGGGAACUUCUCAAGUCACCGACAAAUCCGCAGGACCAAAUGCCCAUUUGUACCUUGCCCAAUGCCAACUCCUCGACCUAGCAGCACCGCUGCGUGACGAUUUCGCAGCCCCGUCGUAUGUUACGGGUGCAGGAAAGGGGGAUAUUUAUGACACCAAUGUUUGGAUUGGAAUAGCACCUACUUACACACCCUUGCACAGGGAUCCAAACCCGAACGUAUUCGUGCAGUUGGCGGGCACGAAACACGUGAGAUUGCUCCCUGCAAACGUUGGACUAGGCGUAUUUGACCGUGUGAGAGAGCGAAUGGGAAGGAGUGGUGGCUCUCGAAGCGCAGCGCUCCGUGGUGAGGAUAUGAUGUACGGUCUGGAAAAACAGUUGCUGGAUCAGGAAAUAUGGGGAGAUCGCCAAAAUGAUGAUAACAUACGGUUGGAGCAGGGAAAAAAUGGAGAAGAAUAUGGAUAUGAAGCUGUGGUCAAUGCAGGUGAUGGAAUCUUUAUCCCAAUGGGUUGGUGGCAUAGUAUCAAAGGCGUCGGCCAAGGCAUUACUGCAUCGGUCAAUUGGUGGUUUCGGUAG